AUGGGCUGGUUCAAGGACCUUUUUUUCCCGGACAAGGAGAAGCCGGUGGUUGAGGUGAUGUCCAGGUUUGGGAUCAUGUUCGCUGCCUUCUUAAUUGGGUUGAAAAUGGACCCAGGCUUGCUGAAGAGGUCUGGGAGGAAGGCUGUGGUCAUUGGCUUGUCAAGCAUAAUUGUUCCUUUUGUUUCUAUAGCAUUGACCUCUGGCCUUAUCUUGAUGGCUAAGGACAAAGAGGAGAAGUUUGUGUAUGUUGUCUCCAUUUGUUCUGUGAAUUCCUUCACGUCUUUUGCCAAUAUUGUGCCCAGCUUAGCAGAGCUGAAGCUGCUCAACUCGGAGAUCGGUCGGGUGGCGAUGUCGGCUUCGAUGACCAACGACAUCAUUGCGAAUGUAGGGAUGAUCAUAUAUACAAUCAGGAAUGCAGGGAAAACGAAUGAAUUGUAUUCAUUCUAUGCGUUGAUGGCAAUCACAGUGUAUGUGUUCUUCAUAGCUGGAGUCAUAAGACCGUUGGCCAUCUGGGUUAUAGAACGGACGCCGCCGGGGAAGCCGGUGGAUGAAGGGUACAUCUUCUUGUUCCUUGUCAUUGUUUUGGUUACGGCAUUUGUUGGAAAUAUGAUUGGAGGCAAUACGUUUCACAUCUCGUUGAUCCUCGGGUUGGUGAUACCGGACGGACCGCCGCUGGGAGCGGCCUUGACAGAGAAGAUUGAGGCCUUCAUUCAUGGAAUCUUGGUGCCGCUUUACUUCGCAAGAAGCGGAAUGCGGACCAAUAUCGACUCCGUUACAAACAGUAAUGACUGGAGAUUUUUGCAGCUCAUCAACUUCAUGGGGUGGCUGGGAAAGGUAACAGGGACUUUGAUACCAGCCCUCUACUAUAAGUUCCCCUUCAGUGACGCACUGUCUCUCAGCCUCUUCAUCAACUCCAAAGGGAUAGUUGAAAUCAUCAGCUAUAACUUCAUGUAUUUAAAUGGGAUUAUAUCCCAACAGGCUUUCACUGUGAUGAUCUUAUCAGCUGUGGCAGUGACCGGGCUGUCCACGCCGAUGGCCGCAUCAAUCUACAAGCCAUUCCGACGAUACACCGUGUACAAACGCCGCACAGUGCAGCACAGCAAGCCUGAUUCGGAGCUCCGUGUGGUUGCAUGCGUGCAUGACCAAGCUCACGUCCCCACGGCCAUUAGUUUGCUCGAGGCCAUUUACGUGUCCGAGGAGACACCUCUUUCUAUCCACGCGCUUCACCUGGUUGAGCUCGUCGGCCGUGCAGCACCACUGCUCAUCCCGCAUAAGCUCUCCCGGUCAGACUCCAUGGCACACCACAUCAGCCGAUCUGAACGCAUCAUCAACGCGUUUCUCUUGCAUGAAAAACGCCACCAAGGGCAUGUCCACGUCCACCCUUUCACCACCAUUGCACCUUAUGUAUCCAUGCAUGAUGAGGUCUGCCACCUCGCGCUCGAGAAGCGCACUUCGCUCAUCCUUCUGCCAUUUCAUAAGAAGCGUAUGAUUGGAGGUAGUAUCCAGGUGAAUAGCCGGCUGCGCGCGGCAAACCACAAGGUGUUGCUACAUGCGCCGUGCUCAGUUGGGAUCAUUAUUGACACAGUCACAAUUGACACUGGAGUAAACACCAUUUGUGCAACGCCAGGCAAGUUUGAGUACAGCAUUGCAUUGUUUUACUUUGGCGGAGAGGAUGAUAGGGAGAGCUUGUCGAUUGCUGGGCGAAUGGUGGCAAAUCCUGGAGUCAGUCUUGAUGUUACACGGUUCCUGCCAAGCAGAAGCAUUAGAGAAAAUCCAAUGGAGAGGAAGCUUGAUAACAGGCUGCUGGAACAAUUCAGACAUGAGACUAUUGGUAUGGAAAGGGUGGCGUACCGUGAGCAGCUGGUGCAGGACAUGGAGGAGAUCGUCGGAGUGCUAAGAGAGUAUGCUGAUGCGGACUAUGACUUGGUGAUCGUUGGGAUGAGACACAGAGUGAACUCUGUGGUGACUGAGGGUGGUCUUAUGGAUUGGAGUGAUUGCCCGGAGCUCGGAGUUGUUGGGGACUUUCUUGGCAUCACCGGACUUUGGUGGCAAGUUUACAAUCCUUGUAGUGAAGCAGCAGGACCAAUCAGACGCUGA